UGCGCGAGCCGGGGUUGCAGCCCAGCAGGGACUUUCCAGCCGGCGGCGGCGGCGGCGGCCGCCGGCCCUUCCCCGCCCCCCGACAUGGGGCUGCCCGGGGAGCAGGACGCUGCGGACGGCGGCGGAGGACGCGCCCGGCGCCCCUGAGCCGGCCGAGCGGCGGCGGAGCGCGGGUCCUGGCACGUGGUAGACUGACCCUCCAUCAAUGUUUCUGUCCACAAUCUGCAAGUUUGGGAGAGAGGAGGGAUGUGACAGAUGCCCACAUGGUGGUUCCAUGUGAUUUGGCAUGUGUGUCUGCAGGUAAAGGACUCCACUACAUUAUUUGAAGAAGGAUAAGGUUGACACUGCUUUGCUUUUGCUUUUUUGAAGUCUCUCCCUCCCUGAUCAAGCUUAGAUACAUCUUCUCACAGCAUAUGACAGACAGGAAUUCACCUCCAAAGAAUCAAACAUUUCUCAUUGAAAACUCUUUACUGAACACAUGGCUUCCUAAGCACUGCAGGAUGAAAUACUAAACCGAAGUUGUAAGUAGCGUAUAAUCUAAGCAGGGGUUUUCAAGGCCUGAAGCUCUGAGAGCAGAUAUGAAAGGUUUUCUCUCCCCUGAAAUGGAGCCAACUAAAAAGAUGGACGCGGCCGGCGCCCUGCAGACAAACCCCCCCCUGAAGCUGCAGCCUGACCGCGGCGCGGGGUCAGCGGUGCUCGUCCCCGAGCAGGGCGGCUACAAGGAGAGGUUUGUGAAGGCCGUGGAGGACAAGUACAAGUGUGAGAAGUGCCGCCUGGUGCUGUGCAACCCCCGGCAGACCGAGUGCGGGCACCGCUUCUGCGAGACCUGCAUGGCCGCCUUGCUGAGCUCCUCCAGCCCAAAAUGCACUGCGUGUCAAGAAGGCAUCAUUAAAGAUAAGGUGUUUAAGGAUAAUUGCUGCAAGAGAGAGAUUCUGGCUCUUCAGAUAUACUGCAGGAACGAAGGCAGAGGUUGUGCAGAGCAGCUAACGCUGGGACAGCUCCUGGUGCAUUUAAAGAAUGAUUGCCAGUUUGAGGAACUUUCAUGUGUUCGUGCCGACUGCAGAGAGAAAGUAUUGAGAAAAGACCUGCGUGAUCACGUGGAAAAGGCCUGUAAAUACCGUGAGGCCACGUGCAGCCACUGCAAAAGUCAGGUCCCAAUGAUCACUUUGCAGAAACACGAAGACACGGAGUGUCCCUGCGUGGUGGUGUCCUGCCCUCAUAAGUGUAGUGUCCAGACCCUUCUGAGGAGCGAGUUGAGUGCACACUUGUCAGAGUGUGUCAAUGCCCCCAGCACCUGUAGUUUUAAGCGCUAUGGCUGCGUUUUUCAGGGGACAAACCAGCAGAUUAAGGCCCACGAGGCCAGCUCCGCAGUGCAGCACGUCAACUUACUGAAAGAAUGGAGCAAUUCUCUAGAGAAAAAGGUUUCCUUGCUGCAGAAUGAAAGUGUGGAAAAAAACAAGAGCAUACAAAGUCUGCACAACCAGAUAUGCAGCUUUGAAAUUGAAAUUGAGAGACAGAAGGAAAUGCUUCGGAAUAACGAAUCCAAAAUACUUCAUUUACAGCGAGUCAUAGACAGCCAAGCGGAGAAGCUGAAAGAACUGGACAAGGAGAUCCGUCCCUUCCGGCAGAGCUGGGAGGAGGCGGACAGCGUGAAGAGCAGCGUGGAGUCCCUGCAGAGCCGAGUGACCGAGCUGGAGAGCGUGGACAAGAGCGCAGGGCAGGCCGCCCGCAACACAGGCCUGCUGGAGUCCCAGCUGAGCCGGCACGACCAGAUGCUGAGCGUCCACGACAUCCGCCUGGCCGACAUGGACCUGCGCUUCCAGGUCCUGGAGACCGCCAGCUACAACGGCGUGCUUAUCUGGAAGAUCCGGGAUUACAAGCGGCGGAAGCAGGAGGCCGUCAUGGGCAAGACCCUGUCUCUCUACAGCCAGCCUUUCUACACCGGCUACUUCGGCUACAAGAUGUGCGCCAGGGUCUACCUGAACGGGGACGGGAUGGGCAAGGGGACGCACCUGUCGCUGUUUUUCGUCAUCAUGCGCGGAGAAUACGACGCUCUGCUCCCCUGGCCGUUCAAGCAGAAAGUGACACUCAUGCUGAUGGAUCAGGGGUCCUCCCGGCGCCACUUGGGAGACGCGUUCAAGCCGGACCCCAACAGCAGCAGCUUCAAGAAGCCCACCGGGGAGAUGAAUAUUGCCUCUGGCUGCCCAGUCUUUGUGGCCCAAACUGUGCUGGAAAACGGGACAUAUAUUAAAGAUGAUACCAUUUUUAUUAAGGUCAUAGUGGAUACUUCGGAUCUGCCUGACCCCUGACGAGUCACUGGGAAGGUGGAUCGAGCAGAAGGCAACUCCUCUGGGGGCUCUGCUGUCUCCACUGAGGUCCUCGCGCUCAGAAAAGGACCUUGUGGAGCGGAGGAAGCGGCAGAAGGCGGCCUCGGGCCGGCGGGAUUAUUUAUCCUUCUACGAGAUAAAUACUGCUGUCAGAGAAGGUUUUCAUUUUCAUUUCAAAAGAUCUAAUUGAAAACAUAUAUGCUAAAGAAAAGAACCAUCAUUUUUCUUCCUUAAACUUGAACACCAAAAAAAGAACACACAACACACACAGACACACAGACACACACACACACACACCUGGGGAUAGCUGGACAUGUCAGCAUGUUAAGUAAAAGAAGAAUUUAUGAAAUAAUAAUGCAAUUCUGAUAUAUUCAUUCUAAAAUUCAAGAGUGCAAUCUUGUUUCAAAUAUAGUAUAUUGUCUAUUUUUAAGGCCUCAUCUGGUCUCUGUUUUAAUAAUUUGUUUGUCAGAAGACCCUGAAGUAUACACCUAGGUCUUUUUUGGAAGUCUCUAAAUUCAGAAUCAUUUUUUAAUUUAAAGUUCUAAGAUAAUUGUAACUGCAAACAUUUUAUUUCAAAACGUUGAUAGACUGAUAUUUCUUGGAAGAAAAUGUAAAAUAUCAAACACUGGUUAUCACUUGUGAUAGGAAGGAGGACAUUCAAUCUGCUGUUAUUUCUCGUUAGAAAUGUGUAAACCUUCAAUCUCUGUCGUAGUUACUGACACUACUUCAAAAUUACUAUGAAAGGAGAAUCGCUCAUGGAUGCUGUGCAUCAUUUUCAGAUUUAUAAUUGUUUUCACCCUAAAAUAGGGCAUUAGUUGAACUUUGGAGUUCUAAACAAAAUCCUGUAGGUUUUUAAAAUUCUGCCCCAUUUGUUCAGACAAGCUCUCUAUUGCUGACAACACCGACCUUCAGUGUCCAGUGUCCGGGGGUGGGCAGGUGACUCGUGCUGAAGGGGCCACAGCAGACGCAUCUCCGUUCUGUCGCGUCCCGCACGUGCUGACAGCUUGUGUAGAGGUGGUGGCGUGCUGUUCAUGUGCCUUAGAUGUGACAUGCUGCUUCUCGACCCCAGCUUUGUGUUCACGGUGACUCCGGAAGGUGAUGGUUUAACCAGACUUUUCUCCUGACCACUCAAGGGCCCUCAGCCCUGCACCUGCUCAGGAAGCCAGGCCCCUUGUCAGCUCCUGGAGCCCCCACUGCUUAAUUGUCAUGGAUUCCCAGUCUCUCGGCCCUGGUCCCAGUGCAGGCAGGAGUCGGGGAGAAGCGCGGCCCCGGGCGGUGGGCGCCCCGGCCCCGAGCGGAGCCCCUGAGCAUUCCAGACACCGCGCUCUGGGGCCGCCCAGGCUGGGCGACAGGCGUCCGAGGCCACCCUCUCUCGGGAAGGGUGGCCCUGGGCCCUGCCGUCCCAGCCUGUGCCCCGCCCAGACGGCACUCCUCGCCCUGUUUACCUUCUCCCGAUGGUCCCACUGUGACAGGACGGGGCCCUGCUCCUGUGCCCUGCUGCGCACCACGCCCCACGGGUGCUCUCACACUGAUGGGUGCUACACUGACGGGUGCUUCUUAGGCAAAGCCAGUGUGUGUGGACCGCCGCAUCUGUGCCACUCAUCUGCAAGGCGCGCCCACGACUGGCCGGCUGGGCCGCGCGCCACAGACUGCCUGCCUUCGGGCUCCCCCGUGGCCGAGCAGGGACGGCCGGGUGGGUGCCCGCUGGCCCACCGUGUCUCUGGUGCUGCCAUCUGCCCUGGGUGUGCCUUCGCCCCAGUGCCUGCUGGAAGCGCCCUCCUCUCCAACGCUGUCCCCGAGCUUCCAUAAGUGACCUCAUGGGUUCCGAGCACCUGCUGCGCCCUCCAGCAGUUCAGACGCUCCGCUGUCUUCACCACCACCCCCGCCCCCCGGGAUUGCUUUGAGGGCCAAUCAGUGUCAUCAGUUCUGCCCCGUGAGGAGUCGGGUGUCCCCACUCAGAGAGGAAGACUUCCUGCAGGUGCUGCGGACCGCUGCUCCCUCGAAGGUGUUCCGACCUCCUCCGGGCCUUGCCCUGGGUUCUGCCCUGGGGACCCGGAGGAGGGGAUACACCCAGCAGUCCCCCCUGGCCUCAGAGGGCUUUCUUGAGGCCAGGGGUUACCAACAGGGACCUCCCUGCAACUUCCUCCCCCUUCACUAAAAGUAUGGACAGUGUUAACACAUCUAGGAGAAGCAACACAUUAAUCUGGUGAAAAACAAAACACCUCUUUCCCCUGGGCUGAAACCCACUCUGGAAGCAUCUGUCCCUUGGAGGGGGUACUUUUCCAGUACCCCUUCUGGUGGGAGUGACUGGGCCACCCUGGCCACACGCCCCCCCCCCCCCCGCAGAAGCCCCUGGGACCCGGCUUCAGGAGCUGGUGCCACCACCACCCCUCCAUGAGGCUGUGACAUGGUGGGAGCUUCAUGCUGUGGCUUGGUGACGGUGGACAUAGGGGUCGAUGGCCUCAUGGCCACUGUUCCAUGCACACGAGGGGGCAGCUCCUGCAGGACGCGGCCCCUCAUCUCCCCAUCUGCUGCUUGGUGCUCCACAUGCCAGGGCCCCAGGGACAAGCAAAGGGUUGAGCCGUGGUGCGCGUGGGCGCACUUUUUUGUUUACAAAAGUGGCGAAGUUCCCCGUGGACCAAAACCGCUCUAGUACCUUCCAGGGGCUCGUGCGGCAUCCUGUUCCCCAGUCAGCCCGUGUCUGCGGAGCCCAGGCCAGCCUGCCGGGCCGGGCCGGGCAGCUUGCACUGGGGGUGGGGGCGGGAGGCGGAGGAGGGUGGCUGGAGCAGCUCACCUGGGCCUUUUUUGCAGUUGGGAUCGGUUCCCGGGUCUGUAGGUGACACUGGACACAAGCAGGGAUUCCUGUCCAGCAUCUGAUGACCUGUUGCACGAGAUGGGGUGCCAGUUCCAGAGAGCAAGUCAGGUGGGCAUUCGCCAUACAGGAGGGCGAGCAGGGCCGCCUUCCUCCGGUUCCCAGCCUGGCCCCAGAUGCCAGCCACCGUGCGAGCGGGAGGCUCUUGGCCAGGCAGCUCCUUCCCUCCCUCCCUCCUGUAGCCACCCCUGCCCGGGGCCCCUGGGGGCUGUUGGCUGCGGAAGCCUAGCGCUCCGUGGUGGCCACCUUCACCAGGCCCUCCAGGUGCCGGCCAACUCUAGGGGGCAUCCACCUGCCCUGUGGCCACCGUGGCCAGGUCAGGGCAGCCCCUUCCUAGAUAGCUGGUCUCCUCCUGGGUCCUCAGCCACCCAGGGCCACGCGUCCCAGUCAACGCCCCCUUCACUCUCAGUGUCGUGGGGAUGGUCGCCGGUGGCAGGCCUGGCAUCCUGCAGCCAGUGGGCAGCAGCGGGUUGAGGAGAGGGUGGCCGGACAGACCCUUACACACAGCAGGGUCCCGAGGUGGGUCAUCUCCUCUCAGCCCAUGGCAGCGGGGAGAGAGCAGGACCCCAAGCGCACCCAGAGGGGCUCACCACCUCCAACAGCCAGGGCCCCCUCCUCCUCCCAAAGGAGUGACCGUGAUUGUGUGUCCGGCACAAACCUUCCGGCCACAGCAUCUCUGCUGGUCUUCAUAGGCCUGGUCAGGAGAUCAGACUCCUCGCGGGGCCUCUGCCCGCACCGCGGCCCUCCGAACGCCUCCCUCUGCUUGCGGUAGCUGCCAGUGCUGAGAAGGGCGCAGGCAGAGCUGUGAAAGGGCUGUGGUCCCGAUCUUUACUGACCAGUCCGCAAAGCAGCCCUGGGGGAGUUCCAGGAGCCCCUUUGCCUUUGUGCGCGUCUGUGAGAUGAGGGAUCUCUCACCCAACCUACUUCUCAGCCCGAGACCGUGGCCCUGUCCUCUGUUUGCAAAUCUCAAUGGUUCUGUUUUCUCCAAAGUAGAAUGUGUCCACUAGGGUCUGCAUCAGACGAGGUCAGGGUGAGGCUCCCGCGUCGGCAGGUGACCUGGGCAUCACUCCUGUCUGCCGGGCGGUGCCGGUUGUCACCGGGGAGCCGGGCGGCCUGGGGCGACCUGGGUCCGCAGGUGGUUGGGCCCAUCUGUGGAGGCCCGAGUGGGACGAGCUGCGCUUGCGUUUCAUUUCCGCCGCUGCCGCUGCAUCUCAGUCCGCGGGUGGGGUCCGGGGGGCUGCACCGCGCCCGCAGGCAGUGCCGGUUGGUUCAUAACUCAGUGCCCCGACACGUGAGAUAACCUUCAACAGCAAACUCAAUGACUCAGUUGGUAAACACAGAAGCUGGCGUUCUUUCCAAGGAUCUCUGUGAGAAUUGUCUGGAGAGUAACCUCUGUGGGAAAGGGAGUGUGUGAAUCCACGUAGACGAUCGUGUGGUGUUUUCAGCAUUGAUUCUUUCUCUGACGACACACCUCUUCGUUCAGUUCUGUUACCCAAAACAAAGACCAAAGAAGGCCAAUCUCUCAGUUGACUCUGUAUUUUUAACCUGCCUGUUUUAAAAAUUGCCGUCUGUAGUAACCACUCGCUGUGAGGACCCAUCUUGACGUCCAAGUGAUUGUGACCAGUGAUUCACGUCCCGUGUUUUUCUGCUCUUCUAAGAAAAAAAAACCCACAAAAAGACAGUGUAAGUUAUUGCUCAGCAAUAAUCAUGUUGUUCCUGCAGGCUAACAACAUGUCUGAUUUCCCGACA